CCUGUCCAUCACUUGAUAGAAGUGGAGAAAUAUUCUUACAAGAUCAUGAUGAACGAUAUUUGCAUUAUAUUAUGCAAACAGUUAAUUCACCAGAAAUUUCCUUCGCCAUUCCAAUUUUUGCAAACUGA